UGGCUAAUAGAGUCACCAUAUUUGAACUGGCUCACCUGCAAACAGUUGAUAAUUUAUGUAAAAAAAAAAAAAGUGGCAAACGGUGGUUAGUUUUCUAUAAAUAAGCUGAAAGAAAACCAACUAAAGCGCCGUGGCUGCUGGAACAUUUGCUGCAAGGAAGGUUUGGUCAUUUGUUUCCUGUUGUAUCUGGUAGCUUUGCAUCGAUGCAAACAGACUGUGCUGUGGACAGCAAGGCUGUCAGUUUAUCACCAAACAUUGUAACAACGCCAAGCUAUGACACAAUAACGUUUUAAUUUCUACUUCUCCAACCAUCAGCCUUCACUCCUUUCCUGAUAUUUAUAACAUCCACACUGGGAAGCACAGAUAUGAAAUCUCUAACAGUAGAAACGCUUGUUUCUAAAACAUCAGAAAAGAUGCUUUCUUCUUCAAAUUGCUCUUCUUCUCAAGAACAUUCAGCCCUUGAUAUGGAUGAAUCUGGUUCUUCCACAUUGAAUUCAUCACAUUUUACAGAGGAAAAUACAAGUACAAGUGAUAUUGGAGUCGACAUCGGCAGGAAACAAGAUAACAAUGACAAAGCUGGGACAGAGCAACCCCAUCCUUACCCUGAUAACCCAGAGAAUAUUCAAGAACUGGCCACCAAGAUCCUCCAACGGUUUGGGCUUGAAAAAGAAGAUUUGGAAAAUCUCCUCUCCUACCCUGAAGACCUGAUCACUGUAGCAAAUCUGCCUGCCAUUUUGAGGCAAAUCUACAUUAUGAAGGUAAAGAAUACAAUGGAUUGUUCAAACGCUCCACGUGUCACAAGCACAACUGGAUUUGACCAUUUUAGUUGUUCAGAAGGUGAACAGAUUCACAGAGUCGAUCAAAAUUUUGGAUUUGAUGGAGUUUUGGAAGAAACCAGGAGCUCAGCAGAGGUGAAAAACUGGGGUUCACAUGAUCAGAAAAGCUCUUCCACCUGUUCUAGCUCAGUCAGGACCUUUGUGGACCAUCCACCCAAUAAUUUGAAUAACCUGCAGACCCAACCAAGACAGAGUUUACAAUCCAUUCCCUCCUUUUUUCCUCUGGUGACGCAAGAAACCGAUAGUAGUUCUGCCAACUCUGAAGGAUCUGAACCAACACCUGAAAUGAGGCAAAUUGAUGAAAUGAAGCAAUUUGUUUCAGUACCUGGAGACGGAAAACCUGGCCAAGCCAUUAAUGACAACAUGUGCAAAAAUGACAGUAUAACUCACAGACAAGUUAUAAAUGUUGUUGAAACGAAAAAGAAUCAAAAAUCAAACCAGGAGUACCAGAAAACACGAAGUUACUCUGAUUUAAAUCCGGUUCCUCCUCCAUCCAUGAGGCCAACGUGUCCGCCUGAGGCAGCUUCCACCCAGUUGCUGCUGCCGCCCCCAGGCAGGGCGUUCCUACCUGAGCCAGCUGGUUUUAACGGUCUGCCUCCAAAAGCCAUGAUGGAGGAUUACACUGCCGCCACACCGAGGGCGUUCCCACACACCUGUUCUCUCUGCAGCACAGUCUGCAUUAAUAUUAAGGACUGGGUCAUCCACCAGAACAUCAGCUUUCAUAUCAAGGCCUGCAUUCUGCUCCGCAAAACAUACCCGAAUUGGGAUUGUACAGCACCACUGUUUGAGAGUUUUUCUGAUAAAGACGCCUCCACCUCUGCUCAGACAUCCCAGCGUUACGAUCACAGAGUCGGGUCCAAGACCCGGGCCAGGUCCAGAUCCAGGUCCAGAUCCAGGUCCAGGUCCUGGUCCAGGUCCAGAUCCAGGUCCAGGUCCAUCAGUCCAUACAGACUGGAGAAAAAAUGUUACAGAACCAGGAGCAGUUCCAGCUCUCCAAGUCCUCCUUUUUGCGAUGCUUUGAUGGAUAGAAGCAAACCAGAGGAGCAGGAGGAUCCAAACACUCACAGGAGCCCUCGGAGGCGAUCUCCAUCCGGGAGGAGCAAGAAGAAAAAGUCUUCACCCAACUGGAGACGCAAGAAAUCGACAAGGUCAUCCAGUAAAUGGCAGAGGUCGAGCCGAGUACAGGAGCUGACCAAAAGCAUCAUGAGAUCAUCAGCUGUCCAGUCUCUUACGGAGAUACCAAAACUCAAAACUGUGGUCAGAACUCUGGUUCCCAUCAUCUUGGCUGAACUCAGGAACCUGAAAUCAUCUUCUUCCUCCUCUUCUUCUCUCAAAAGGAACUUGGAUUCAGAUUUUUCCAAAGUGAAAUCUGACCUUCAGGUCGGUGAAGCUGGUUCUUCCAGAAAGCCUCAGGUUGAUGCACCAAAAGUGAAAAGGAUGAAGAGCCUCGAUAUUCAAGGAGCAUCAGUCACUGUGGUUAAAGAAAGAGAGAAGCAAUUAUCUGUGGAACCAAAAGUCUGCAAGAGACGACCAACCAAACCUGCGUCUCUGCAUUCAACUAGAAACAGUGCAUCUUUACCAAAAAGAACAAGAAGACGCGUCUCAAAAGCAAAAGCUUUGGUUUCCAAAGCGAGAAUGAUCCAAAACCGGCAGUUUGUUAGAUCUCCAAAAGUAGAAGCUGUUAAAUUUAAGGUGGAAAAACAAGUUUCAAAGCUUCCAGGAUCUACAAAGUUGAUGUUUACAAAGAAGAAAGUGGCUGGUAGUGACUCCAAAAAAACACAAAAAGAGCUUAAAGAAUCUCCAAAGGGACUGGAAGAGGAGACUACCGAAGAAACGAGACAGAAACCUAAAAUUAGAGAAGAACAUCUCCAGGAAGUUGGGGAUGUGAGGAAAGAAAAUGGAGAUGUUAUGCAGGUAGAAAACCUGACAACUUUUCAGACCAAAGAGUUUGAAGAUGCUGAAACUCUGAAAUAUCUGGAAAUAAAAUCAGCAGAUUGUGUGGAGGUUCAAACUACAACUACAGUCAAACUACAGUGGAGUUCAUCCAGUAAACCACCAUCAAUCAUUUUUACACCAGAACCAGCUGAUCCGCCUCAGACUGAACCGGAUCUCCUCAAAGGUCCAACGUCUUCAUUUGGUUCAUCACCACAGAGUCGGAGUAAAACUCAGACUUCCUCCUCAUGUCAGAGGGCUGACGCUUUGGAAACAGAAAGUUCAUCUGAUUUCAAGAAGCAGCAGAAAAAAAGGAGAAAAACAAAGAAAAAAGGUAAAUUUAACAACAUAAACCGACCAAAGAACACCUGAUGCCAUUUUUCCUUUCUGGUAUGUGAAUCAUAUAAAAGUCACAGUGGGUUUUCUUCUGUGAAUUUGUUGGUUUUGGCUCAUCAUGGGGUCGGCUAAUAAAGACACAUCAUGGUUUAUUUGCCAUCUUCAUAAAG